UUUAUGGACCAUAAUACUCCCAUGAGGUAUCAUCGUCAAAGCUGGAUGCGGAAAACUGUCCUUUGUGCCUUACAUUACGCUCUUUGCUCGGAAUACAGACUUCCUUUUGUCCUUGACAAUACCCAUCACUUUUUGCGCUGUCCGCGAUCCCACGAUGGAAGUCUCCUUGCAAAUAUACGAAACGCUCCCGCAAUCUUCAUCUUCACUUUGAACAAACGAGUCUGCUUUGUCUUCGACUUCCAGUAUUGUCGACCUCCGGCGGUCUGCAUAUGCGUAUCGUCUCCAAAGUCUACUUCUCCCGCCCGCGUCUUUGCAUCGUCAAAGAUGGACUCUGUUGUGGUAUUGUACAUGCACCCAGGGCAAGGCGACGUAGACCGAAGUGGUGGCGUGUCUGUGCGAGGCUUUCUCCGAUCGGCAGGCGAACUGAUAGCGACAUUCAUCACCUCGAUGCUGCCCUCGUCCCCAUUUUUCCCUCGUGAGUGGACCUCAUCGAGCUCAUUGAAUUUUGGUCGCGACUUGUCGAUGAACUGUGCAGCAUGCGAGGCGUCGAUACCUGAGUUUGGAUCUUGCCCGGAAACAGAGAUGAGAUCGUUUUUACUGGGGACGACGACCUUUGCGGGUGUGUUGAAUCUGGCGCAGUCGUACAGCUCGUGCAGGCCGUCGUGGAAGCCAACGUCAUGGUCGCAGCCGUCUACGUGCUUACCGGACAUUGGAGGUGGGCAUCCGGAGACGCGCUCGCGGAUGGGGAGGGUGAAUGUGUGCGGGGCACAGUUGGACAU